AUGAUGCACUUCAUGAUGCUCAUCUCCUGCCAAGGCAAAAUACGACUCCAGAAAUGGUACAACUCGUACCCUGAAAAGCAAAAGAAGAAGAUCAUCCGCGACGUCACCACGCUGCUCUUCGCCCGCCAGUCAAACAUGUGCGCCUUCAUCGAGUACAAGGAGCUCAAGCUCGUCUACAAACGCUACGCGUCGCUGUACUUUUGCUGUGCCAUCGAAGAGGGCGACAACGAGCUGAUCACCCUGGAGCAGAUUCAGCUCUACGUCGAGACGCUGGACCGGUACUUUGGAGCGGUCUGCGAGCUGGACGUCAUCUUCAACUUUGAGAAGGCCUACUUCCUCCUCGACGAGUUUAUGAUGUGCGGCGAGGUUCAGGAGACCAGCAAGCUGCACAUCCUCCAGCUCGUCCGGGCCCAGGAUCUUCUCCAGGAGGACGAAGUCUCGAUGGGCGUCUUCGAAGACCACGGGCUCGGA